CGGCAAAGCGAGCGGACGACAUCACGACAUGCACAUGCAGAGCAGACCGCCUUGAUGUGCAGCAGCCAGGGUGUGCAUUUACGGUCAUUUCCGCACGCCGUGGCACCGCCGGUCAUGUGAUGUCAUCUGGCCUCCGUUGCCCAGUCGAGCCAGCACAGGGUCUCGCUUGCCGUUGCCUCGUCGACGCAAGCGUAAACAAAGGAUACUUAAACGCCUCCCAUACCUGCCUUCACACAUGUCCACUACCACACACGCUUUACCCACUCUCCUCACUCCUGUAUUGCAUCUUCAGGCUGCAUAUCAGUCAAUUACUUUCAAAUCCAUACUUCAAAAGCAUCGAUUACAGCAUUGUAUAAUACUAAUCCUUACAACCACAUAACAGUCCCCAAAAGCCCAUACUCUCGAGAUUAGCAGUCAUGGCAACUCCAGCAGUUUGCUUGACUCCAGUCAAGAAGACCUCUUCCGUCUUCAACACCCGCACCGCUGGCGGUCGCAUGCCACUGACUCCCUCUCCCCGCACCCCACGAACCCAGACCCCCGAUGCCCACACACAAGAGUCUAUCCAUGGCGGCAACUUCAUGGCCCGCCUCCAGCGCUCUGUCACAAAGACUACCCGUGACUCUCCCAAAUCCAACAUUGCUCGCUCACACACUCCCCGCCGGUUAGAGCUCGGUGUAUCAGAAUGGUCUCUCUCCGGAACCACCGCUGCUACCAAGGCUGCUACCAAGGCUGCCACCAAGGCAAAGAAGGAGAAGAAGGAAGCCACGACUGUCCGCGCUCGCCCAACCAAGACCCGCAUCGCAUACAACUCUGCUGAUCGUUUCAUCCCCAACCGGACGGCUAGCGAGGCCAUCCGCAGCACCGGCGCAACCAAGCUUGACAACGAGCAGCGCCCCAAGUCCAGCUCCAAGGUUGAGGGAUCAGCAGUACUUGCCAAUGCCGCCAGUGCUUUCGAUCUUGGUGGACGUGGUUCCGAGGAGGAUGUAGCGCUUUCUUUGGAAGGCCUGAGUUUGGAGGACGAGGACGAGGAGAGCCGAUCACGAUCAAAGCCCACUCCUGGCAAGGCUGCCUACCAGUCUGAACUCGCAUCAGCAUGCGGCAUCAACAACAACACACGCAUUCUUGCCUUCAAGCCUGCGCCUCCAGAGUCAUCCAAGCCAAUCGACCUUCGCUCCCAAUACAACCGCCCCCUCAAGCCCGCCAGCAGUGUCAACGCGCAGAGCCGCCGCCGCAUUCCAUCUGCACCCGAGCGCGUCCUCGAUGCCCCUGGUCUUGUUGACGACUACUACCUCAACCUCCUCGACUGGUCCUCUGGCAACCAAGUCGCCAUCGGCCUCGAGCGCUCCGUCUACGUGUGGUCAGCCGACACUGGUUCAGUAGCCUCCCUUCUCGAAUGCCCCGCCGACACCUACAUCUCGUCCGUCAAGUGGUCAGGUGAUGGCGCAUACGUCGGUGUCGGUCUGGGUACGGGUGAGGUUCAGAUCUGGGAUGUUGAGGAGCAGACCAAGCUCCGCAGCAUGUUCGGCCACGAGACUCGGGUUGGUGUCAUGGGCUGGAACAAGCACAUCCUGUCCACUGGUGCUCGUUCUGGUCUUGUCUACAAUCACGAUGUCCGCGUUGCCCAGCACAAGAUUGCUGAGCUCGUCUCCCACACUGGUGAGGUCUGCGGUCUUGAGUGGCGUGCCGACGGUGCCCAGCUCGCCACUGGCGCCAACGACAACAUGGUCAACAUCUGGGAUGCACGUGCUCUUGCUGCUCCCAAGUUCACUAAGACCAACCACCGUGCUGCUGUCAAGGCUGUCUCAUGGUGCCCAUGGCAAUCAAACCUUCUUGCCACGGGCGGUGGUUCCAACGACCGUCAAAUCUACUUCUGGAACACCACCACUGGUGCGCGCAUCAACCACAUCCCCACCGACUCCCAGGUCACCAGCCUUCGCUGGAGCACCCACUACAAGGAGAUUGUCAGCACUGGUGGAUUCCCUGACAACAGCUUGAGCAUCUGGAGUUACCCCUCUGGUGUCAAGAACAUGGAGGUUCCUGCGCACGAGUCUCGUGUUCUCCACAGCUGUCUAAGCCCCGAUGGCCAGAUGCUCGCCACUGCUGCUGCCGAUGAGUCGCUCAAGUUCUGGAAAAUCUUUGAGAAGAAGCCCGGUCAGCCUUCGGUUGCUGCUGCUGGCUCUGCUUCCACAAAGCCCAGCGCUGUGAAGCAGAUGACCAUCCGGUAAAUGCAAUACGGCACUAGAAAGUCAGCUUGUGUACCGUGUGCACAAGCAGGAAAAGAGCACUUGGCUCAACACAAAUUAUAGUAUAGCACGGGCAUCACAACUACCGGUUUGCGCAAUGAAGCUGGUAGCAUUCAUCCGA